CCUGCCAUUCGGCCCUUCCUAUUAGGCCUUUACUCUCUUUUCUCUAUGCCUCUCUGGCUCACAGUUUUGGUCAGUUCACCUUCCAAUAACAGCGAAUUCGUGGCCCUAUUCGUUUCUCUACGAUCAAAUCCCUAAUCCAUAAUAAAUAUACAACCAAAGCCCCUCCCUUUAAAACCCUAAUCUUCCACCCAUCUAAAUCCCUUUCUCACAUUCUUCACCUUCCCUCACUCAGAAUCGGAUCCAGUUUUGCUCGCAUGGCUCUCGUCUGAUGUAUCUGAUUUUUUGGAAGUGAGAUUUGUGAUUUUCAAUAGGCAUGAAGCGAGAAUUGGCAUAUGUAUUGGAGGUCUCGUCUCAGCUUGGCGAUUCAUUAGGUCGAACUCGGGCAUCGCUGACUCAAACUGAGUCUCGGACGACUUCUGGUACGGAAGCUGUUGAGAAUUCUAGCUCUAAGAGAUUCAAAGGUGCUGUCGUGAAUGGUUGGAUUGUGUAUACUCGAGAGAGGAAGUCCAGGAACAAUGUGCCUAAUCAGUACUCUGAGAAUGAGAAUGUUAAGAGUCCUAGUAGGCCGGAGGAGCCGAAAACUGAUGCAAAAGGCCUUAGCUUCCAAGGGGUUCUACAGAGUGAAUUGGUUGAAGUUGUAAUUGAAGAUAAAUCCAAUUGUGAUUUUGAAAUUUCUACGAGUAAAGAGGAAGCAGAGACUAAGCUUCCGGCCUUUUUUCCCAAGGAGAGUGGCGCUGUGGAGGUUCCGGUGCUUAUUGCUAAUGGGAGUCAUGGAGAGAAGGAUUUGCGGGAAGUGGCAUUUAGGCGUUUUACCCGAUCAGUUUUGAAACCGAAAGUCGAGCCAGAGGAUGCGGAGACUUUGGUCGGUUCGUCAGAGGCAGUAGGAAAUGUAUUGAUAUCGAAUUUGAACGUGGAGGAGACUACUGCAGCUGCGGCCACCAGUGCAUCAGCAACUCCAAAGAACAAGUUGGAGUUGAAAAUGUCGAAGAAGAUUGCAUUGAAUAAGAAGCCUACGACGGUCAAGGAGCUUUUUGACACUGGUUUGGUUGAUGGGGUACCCGUGGUUUACAUGGGUGGCAAGAAGGCAUUUGGUCUACGAGGCACAAUUCAAGAUGGCGGCAUUUUGUGUUAUUGUUCGUCUUGCAAUGGAUGCAGAGUUAUUCCACCAUCCCAAUUUGAGAUUCAUGCUUGUAAACAAUAUAGACGAGCUGCACAGUAUAUUUGCCUGGAGAAUGGGAGGAGCCUGCUUGAUCUAUUGAAGGCAUGCAGGGGUUCUCCUCUGCAUACGUUGGAGGCUACUGUUCAAAGUUUCAUUGGUUCUUCACCUGAAGAAAAGUACUUCACUUGUCAACAGUGCAAAGUGUCCUUUCCUCCAUCCUGUGCGUCAAAAGAAGGGUUCCUUUGCAAUUCGUGCAUUGAAUCAAACAAUUCUAUAUCCAGCCCAGCUAACACAAUUGUUAAAAGACUCAGAUCUCCAAUGCCCGUUUCAUUCCCUCAGUCUCCCAAAACUGCUCCGGUGUAUGUCUCUACCCAAAAUAGGAGUGAAUGGAAGAUAACAAGAAAGCCAUCAACUCCAGUUUUGAUCUCAAAGCCCCUCAAAAGUGCUUCUUCAAUGCUUAUGUCUUUGCCGCAUAAGGGUCGAAUAAAGAAGACAAAAAAUCUACCUUAUUACAGGUUGCCAAAACCAACUUUGAUCUCAAAUUCCCCCAAAAGUGCUUCAGCCUAUGUUUCUUCACAAAAGAAAGCUCUGUGGAAGAUCACAACAAAGCAUCUUUCCUCAAGAGACCAACGGUUGCAUAAGUUGGUUUUUGAGAAAGAUGGAUUGCCUGAUGGAACUGAAGUAGCCUACUAUGCACGUGGACAGAAAUUGCUUGAGGGUUAUAAAAAGGGCUUUGGAAUUUUCUGCCGUUGCUGCAAUUGUGAGGUUAGUCCCUCUCAAUUUGAAGCUCAUGCAGGUUGGGCUUCACGCAGAAAACCUUACGCAUACAUAUAUACAUCUAAUGGCGUUUCUCUUCAUGAGUUGGCGAUAUCUUUAUCCAGAGGUCGCAGAUAUUCGGCAAAGGAUAAUGAUGACUUAUGCAUCAUUUGCGCAGAUGGUGGGAAUCUUAUACUUUGUGAUGGAUGCCCAAGGGCCUUCCAUAAAGAAUGUGCAUCUCUACCAAGUAUCCCUCGUGGUGAUUGGUAUUGUCAAUAUUGCCAAAAUAUGUUUGAAAGAGAGAAGUUUGUAGAACAUAAUGAGAAUGCUGUUGCUGCUGGGAGGGUGUCAGGAGUUGAUCCCAUAGAAGAGAUAACCCAAAGAUGCAUUCGUAUAGUUAAAAACAUAGAAGCUGAACUUAGCGGUUGUGUGUUAUGUAGAGGUUAUGAUUUUAGCAAAUCAGGAUUUGGUCCACGCACUAUUAUACUUUGUGAUCAGUGUGAGAAAGAAUAUCAUGUCGGCUGCCUGAAGAAACAUAAAAUGGCAAAUCUAAAGGAAUUGCCAAGGGGGAAGUGGUUUUGUUGCUCAGAUUGCAAUAGGAUUCAUUCUACUUUGCAGAAGCUACUAGUUGCUGGAGCUGAGAAGCUUCCAGACUCUCAUCUGGAUAUUAUAAAGAAGAAGCAUGAAGAAAAAGGUUUAGACACUACAAAUGGAUUUGAUGUGAGAUGGAGACUUAUUAGUGGCAAAAUUGCAUCUCCUGAAUCUAGGGUAUUACUUUCAAAGGCUGUUGCCAUCUUUCAUGAAUGCUUUGAUCCUAUAAUUGAUUCAGAAUCUGGACGUGACCUUAUUCCUGCCAUGGUUUAUGGAAGGAAUAUUAGGGGCCAAGAAUAUGGGGGAAUGUACUGUGCAAUACUAAUGGUCAACUCAACUGUUGUAUCGGCUGGAAUUCUUCGAGUUUUUGGACGGGAAAUUGCUGAGCUCCCUUUAGUCGCUACAAGCAAUGCUAAUCAUGGCAAGGGCUAUUUUCAAAUACUGUUCUCUUGCAUUGAGAAACUGCUAGCAUUCUUGAAUGUUAGGAGCCUCGUGCUUCCGGCAGCUGAAGAAGCAGAAUCCAUAUGGACGGAUAGAUUUGGUUUUACAAAAAUCAAACCUGACCAGCUUAUCAACUACAGAAGGACAUGUUACCAAAUGGUGACCUUCAAAGGUACAUCCAUGCUACAGAAGAAAGUUCCAGAAUGUCGGGUUAUACAGGCUGAAUCAUGAAGAGGGAAACAAAGGUUGAAGUUUUUCCUGCCUUCUUAUUUUUGGGAAGCUUACUAUUAUUGUUCCAGUUCAUAUUUGUAAAAUUUUAGGAAUUGAGCUGGUCAAGCCUCUUCUGUGCAUAUCUUUUAACAUUUUUAUUGAACUUAGGCUCAUCUGUAUUUUAUUUAAUCGUUUGCUAAAAUCCUAAUGUGCUCAUGCAUUUGUAGCACUUGCACUCGUUAUUUGUUACUACUAUUUAGAGAACUCUUGGAAAGGGACUUCAUUAGAAUUUGUAGACUCUCUGAUCCUCAAGGAUCAAGUGUUUGUGUUUCAAAUCUGGGAAAUGCUGCCUGUGUGCCGUAUUUGGGUAAAAUUUGGCCCAAUUUUGCACCAAUUAAAAUAUACCCUCCUAUCGUUCUCUUCUCGUUAGACGCUCUCUCUCAAAUGAUUAGUGUGUAUUACCUUCUUAGUAUUUUCUAUGGCAGCACUUUAAUUUCUUA